AUGAGUGACGGUGAGUUCAAAAUGAAAUUUCGCAGCGAGACCAACGCGCACCUUUGAAAACGGAAUUUCUGAUAUUUUAAAGGUGCGGCGCUCCAAAUUUUCAUUACAAAGAAUGAGAAAUUUAAAGGAACAUUGGUCUCGCGACGCUUUUUCACUUAUGCAUCUUCAAAGUUGAAUUUUUGCAGAAUGCAUCGAAGAAGAUAAUUUUCGCAGUGAUGCCGAAUUAACAGUUCCAACAACUCAAAAACCAGCAGAUGCAGAUUCGAAAAAAGAAAAAGAUAAAAUCAUUAACAAAGAGGAGGAGAAGAAGUUUUUCGAGACAAAAGAUAUUGUAGAAGACGAAUCACUUUUCAAAAGUAUUCAAGAACUCUCGUGUUAUCACGGAUUUUUACCGCGCGAAGAUCUGAAAACACUUUUGCAAAACGAGGGCGAUUAUUUGAUUCGAGUUAGUGAAAUUGCGACGCCGCAUGGUGCUGGAAAGAAUUUGAAUUCGAAUCCGAAUUCAAGUGCAAGUGCAAGUGCAAGUGCAAGUUCAAAAGACAUUAAGAGGGAUUUGAUAUUAUCGGUUUUCGAAUGUCCGGAAAAUCAGGAAAAUGAAGGAAAAGAGGGAAAGUUGCGAAAUUUGGUGGUUAGAAGAUAUAAAGGACGAUUUGGAAUCGAAAUUUCGACACUUUUCGAAAAUAUCAAUGAACUUUUGCAACAUUAUCAACAUUCAAAUACAUCGCCGAAGAAAAAUCGAUUGUUGAAGACGCCGAUUCCGAUGCAAAAAUGGGAAUUCAAACAUUCGGAUAUUUUGAGAAUGGGUUCACUUUUGGGAGAAGGAGCUUAUGGUGAAGUUAGAGCGGGGGUUUUGAAGAGAAAAGGAAGAGAGAUUGAGGUGGCUGUGAAAUUGGUGAGUUGUUGAUGGAAAAUUCUUGAUUUUAAGCUUAAAGUUGACCACUUAUAAGAAUUUCUAGGCCACGAAAACCCGAAUUCAAACACAACGUAGUCUUAAUAGAUCCCAUCAAAGACUAGUUUUCAUCACUGACAAUAUUUUCAAACUAAAAUUCAAAAUAUUCAAUUUUCAGAUGAAAGGCGGUGACCUAAACAAGAUCAAAAUCCGCGAAAUGAUGCAAGAAGCUCGUCUAAUGCGCGCCUUCAAACACAACAACGUGGUUCGGUUCUAUGGUGUGGCAGUCGAUGAGCAACCUCUUCAUAUUCUUCUCGAAUUAGUCAAAGGCGGCGGAUUGAAUUCGUAUCUUCGAAAAAACAAGAAACAAGUCACACCUUCUGAAUUACUCAAUAUUUGUCAUGGCGCAGCUCUUGGUCUUGAAUAUCUUCAUUCAAAUAAUUGUAUUCAUCGUGAUAUUGCUGCGCGAAAUUGCUUAUAUUCAAUUGACAAAAUAGUGAAGUUAUCAGAUUUUGGGCUUUCGAGAAUUGGAAGUUCUUAUAAAUUGACGGCCACUUCAAAACUUCCAAUCAAAUGGUUAGCAGCUGAGACAAUAUCAACACUGAUGUUCACACCGAAAACUGAUGUUUAUAGCUAUGGUGUGAUGUGUUUUGAAAUAUUUGCGGAAGGUGAAGAACCAUGGCAACAUGUGACAAAUGUCGAAGUGAAAAAGUAUGUGGUAUCUGGAAGGUAUUUACAAAUACCAGAUUCGUGUCCGGAAAAAUUGAAGGUUUUUAUCAAUGAAAAGAUUUAUGUGGCGGAUCCGAAGAAACGAGCUGGAAUGAGAGAAGUUUUGAGAGUUAUUGAAAAUGAGAUUAUUAUGAUGGAAGAGAGAGAACGAGAGAAAGAGAGGGAAAAAGAAAAGGAAUACGUUCCGCUUUCAAAUAUUUGUGGAACUCGAACACCGCAUAAACAUCAACACCAACAUAUUCAUAUUCAUCAUAUUAAUCCGAUUCCCAAUCCACAUCAUAGGAAAUUGAAUAAGAAGAGUUCGAAUAUUGAAUUUGAAUAA